CUGGAGCACCCGGAGGAAACCCACGCAGAACCAAUAGUUAGUUAACAUAUUUUAAUAUUAUAUAUUCUAUUAUUAUAAUACAGCUGAACCUUUUCUUAAAACACGGUCAACAGACCACAGAAAAAAGGAUAAACUAUGAAGUGAGUGGAUUUACUUUUACAUAUCAAUUACACUGAUUCAAAACAAGGAAUCACCAGUUUUAACUUUGAUGUCACUGGGGCAGAUAGCUAAUGUAGUUCAAGUUCAACACUAGGGCUACAUUUUUCCUUAUUCACAAAAGCAGAAACAUCAAUGUCAGCAUAAAAAAAAAAACUGUCUUAUUAAUUCAGAUGUACUUCUUAUAUAUUUAAGAGCUCCCACUUCUGCUCCUUUGAAUGAAAGGCCAUCUUUGAUAUUCUGUAUGUAUGUCUGAGGUAUUCCUCUGGCUCCUCAUUGUUAUAUGUGGAUAUAAACAUCCUUGAAACCCCAAAGGGGACUCACCCUCGCUCUUUAUAAUUUAUAUACAGACAUCCAUAAAGGGGGCUAAAGACCCUGAUACAAUUACAAUUUAGAGAUGCCUAUGUACAGGUGUGUGUGUGUAUGUGUGUUUGCGAUAUUACAACUUGGAUAUCACUGGCUGUAGAUGUUUAAAAUAUCUUUGAAACAAUAUGGUGCAUGAUGUUGUACCUGUGCACACUCUGUGUCCAUGAAAGGCAUAGGGGUGAUGAAGGGGGUGACUUGUGUAAUAUCACCUAGGGCACCAAUGACUAUGGACCACCACUGGUAUGCUUUGUUAUUUUCCAAAGAGAAAGACUGUCCAUAUCCAAGUCAAACAAGGACAGUACUGGACAGGGAGGUUUCUGGAAUUAAUGGACUUUAUUUGUCCACUGAAUAAAACAAUGCACACUUCUCAACUCGAUGUGAUUUGACAGUGGAAGGGUAUAUAACAAUACUACAAAACGGACACGUAAAGAAGGCGUUUAAAACCAAUGCAGUGUUGAAUCUACAGCAGGGUCAGUGAGGUUGCACCCAUAGGGUUAGUGAUAUUCAUACAUGCAGUGAUGUUAACCGCUUACUGAAAUCAUUCUGGUUUCAUUAUGUACAUAUUUCUAUGAAUAAGUAAAUCACAAAACAACAUUCAACAAUUACAGUUUAUUCACUCGGUAAUUGCAGUUUAUAUCUCCAUUAUUCUACCUGCUAUGAAAUCCAACCCCUUCGUUACCGUUAAUUCGGACUCCACGGAAUAUGCUGUGCAAUACGACACCCUGAAACACGCAAAUUUUACACAAAUGUCAAAGUGGCGGUCCUGAGGAAGGCAGAAGUGGAAAGACGAAUCCGUGCAGCGUAUGUAGGCCAGCAGUGCCGCGCACUCGCGGCUCGAGGAGGCAGCCAGGAGCGCAUUAGAAGAUCAGAGAGCAGAGGCAGCCUGUAAUCCUCGCGAUCUGACGGUGCCUGCCUGCCUGCCUUUCUGCUUUUUUUUCGGCUGUAUCAUUGCCUCGCUUCUCCCCCCCUCCUACUCCUCCUCCAUCUCCUGCUCCUCACUUUCACUCCUGCUGCAUCGUCUAGGAAGAUCCCGAGCCUCGGAAUGUCAGCGAUGAUGGGGCUGCCGGUACAGUGGAGGCUGAGCUUUUCUUUCCUUGGGAUUUUUUCCUUUAUUUUUGGAGGGAUCCCGUUUUUGAAAGCUGAGGAGGAUCAGUCCCAGGAUAUGGAGUGCAAAAUGAAAACCGUUACCGUGUCCGCCUUGCCGUUUCUGAGGGAGAACGAUCUGAGCAUCAUGCACAGCCCUUCCGCCUCCGAGCCGAAGCUCCUCUUCUCUGUCAGAAACGAUUUUCCUGGAGAGAUCGUGGUCGUGGACGAUCUGGAAAACACCGAGCUUCCCUUUUUUGUGCUUGAAAUCUCUGGUAACUCUGAGGACAUCCCCUUAGUACGCUGGAGGCAGCAGUGGUUGGAAAAUGGCACCUUACUCUUCCACAUUCAUCAUCAAGACAGCAGUCAGAAUCUGGCUGGCCUCGCCCCCACUGAUUACCCACAGAAUGAGUCCGCUGAAGAAGAGCUACGCAUUUUACACAUUUCUGUCAUGGGUGGAAUGAUCGCUUUGCUCCUUUCUAUCCUGUGUCUGGUGCUGAUCCUCUACACACGCCGCCGCUGGUGUAAGCGUCGCCGAGUUCCCCAACCACAGAAGAGUGCGAGUGCAGAGGCUGCCAAUGAGAUCCACUACAUCCCCUCUGUGUUAAUGGGUGGCCAGGCCCGUGAGAGCUUACGCAACUCACGUGGCCAGGGCCACAACUCCAGUGGAACUCUCAGCAUUCGUGAGACCCCCAUCCUAGAUGGCUAUGAAUAUGACAUUGCAGACCUUCGUCACCAUUUGCAGCGUGAGUGCAUGAAUGGAGGAGAGGACUUUGCAAGUCAAGUUACACGCACACUGGAUUCCUUGCAGGGAUGCAAUGACAAAUCUAGCAUAGACCUCACACCUGGGAGUGACACCACCAAACUUUCCCUAAUGAGCAAGUACAAAGAUAAUAUAAUUGCUACAAGCCCUGUGGAUGCCAAUCACCAACAGACAACUCUUCUGCCACAUAACACAUCAACUAACCAGCGCAAACGUUUGUCAAACAAAACCAGAGCUGGGUCAGCUUUUCUAAAUCCUGAUGGGGAUUCAGGCACAGAAGCAGACAGCGAACCUCAGUUGACUUUUUACACUGACCCCUCCAGAAGCAGGCGACGCAGCCGAGGUAUGAGAAACGGUUCUCCACGAAGUCCAAUCAAUAAAACCACCUUGACUCUUAUCAGCAUUGUCAGCUGUGUGAUUGGCUUGGUCUUUUCUGCUCACCUAUCUUGCCCCCUCAACGUGCGCAUCAUUCUCCAUGUGCCUGAGCAUCUCAUUGCAGAUGGGAGCAGGUUUAUUCUUCUGCAAGGCAGUCAGUUGGAUGCCAGUGACUGGUUAAAUCCAGCUCAGGUGCUGAUCUUCUUCCAGCAGAAUGCUAGUGGUCCAUGGGUUGCAGAACUUUGUUCCCGUCGUCUUCUUGACCCCUGUGAGCACCAAUGUGAUCCAGAGACAGGUGAGUGCCUAUGCUUUGAUGGCUAUGUGAAGGAUGCCGUGCACAAGCAUCUCUGCAUAAGGAACGUGUGGGGACUUAAUCAUGGACCUUGGCCAUAUACAAUAUUUCAACGUGGAUUUGACUUAGUAAUGGGAGAGCAGCCAUCUGACAGAAUAUUUAGGUUUACCUAUACUCUGGAGGAAGGAAUGUGGCUGCCACUCAGCAAGAGUUUUGUAAUUCCUCCAGCAGAACUAGCUAUCAACCCAUCAGCAAAAUGUAAAACUGACAUGACUGUCAUGGAGGAUGCCGUUGAUGUCAGGGAAGAGCUCAUGAUCUCAUCAGCCUUUGACAGUCUGGAGGUUUUGCUCGACUCAUUUGGGCCUGUACGUGACUGUUCAAAGGACAAUGGUGGCUGCAGCAGGAAUUUUCGUUGCAUUGCGGACCGUAAGCUGGACUCAACUGGUUGUGUGUGCCCUCCAGGCCUGAGCCCAAUGAAAGAUGGCACUGGCUGUUAUGAUCACCACAUUGGAAUUGACUGCUCAGAUGGUUUCAAUGGGGGCUGUGAACAGCUGUGCCUCAAUCAGCAGGUUACACUGACAGAAGAUCCUUCCCUUUAUAACAUCCUAAUGUUUUGUGGUUGUAUAGAAGACUAUAAGUUAGGACCAGAUGGGCGUUCCUGUCAGCCUUUAUCUGAAACAUGUGAUGAUGGAAUUGACUGUGGAGACAUGUCUGAGAUUCCUGCCAACCAGACAGUUUUUGGGGACCUGUUUUAUGGUUACAAUAAUCACACGAAAGAAAUUACUUUAGGACAGAUACUAAAGGCAACCUUCAGACAGAAGAACUUUGCACGUGGCAUUGACCAGCAGCUCCCAGAUGGAAUGGUAGUGGCAUCUGUGCCAGCAGAGGUGCAAUGUCAUGAAGAACUCUCUGAUCCAGUUCCGGACCCUGAAUACCUCAUUGGUAUGGUAAAUUACAGUGAGGUGUCAGGAUAUCCGCUAGUUCAGCAGUGGAAGUUAAAAUCUAUUAUGUAUCAUGUUAGACUCAGCCAAUGGACUCUAUCACAAGCUUUCAACACUGCAGUCCACUCUUUGGAUGGGGCUACUCAACGAAGUGACUUUGUAUCUGUCCUAAAAGAGUUUGGAAACCACUUCAUACAAGAAGCAGUCUAUGGAUUUGAAGAGUCAUGUGUUAUCUGGUAUCCCAAUAAACAGGUCCAAAAACAGUUGUGGCUAGAAUACCAAGACAUCAGCAAAGGAAAUUCUCCAUCAGAUGAAUCUGAAGAUUGGGAAAAAGAACCAAAAACCCUCACCUUCCCUGCAUACAUUGCCAGCCUUCUUGACUCAGGAGCAAAACGCUUAGCUGCUGGUGUGCAUAUGGAUUGCACUAGUCAAGGGCAAUGUCCAUCCUCUUGUCAUUUGUGUCACGUGGCUUCUGGUACUGGACGCGCUGCUGAACCAGUGAUGCUGCAGGUCACGAAGGCAGCUCCGCUCUAUGAGCUUGUUUCUAACAAUGAAACUCAGAGGGCUCUCCAGGAAGCUAUGAUGAGCAUGUUGUGGUGCUCAGGAAAUGGCGAUGUUAUUGAUGAUUGGUGUAGAUGUGACUCCAGUGCUUUUGGAUCAGAUGGCUUGCCUGCCUGUGCUCCUCUUUCACAACCACUUUUGAAGUUAUCCCAAUCUUAUGAGCCCAGCAGCUCCUUGAUGAUUUUGGAAUGGGACCACACAGAACCUUCUAUUGGGGUACGAAUUGUCGACUACCUUAUUAGCCAAGAAAAGGUAAUGGAAAGAACAGAUCACUCAAAGGUGGAGACAGAAGCCAUGCUUAGCUUUGGGGAUGAUAUUCUUUCUGGUGCCAAAUCUCCAUGUGUGAUGCUCGGAGGAGUUCCUGACCAAAUGACUUCGUCUAUAAGCCUUAUAAUCCGUUGCCUGGAACCCGAUACCACAUACAUGUUUAGAUUGUGGGCAGUAGAUAAUACAGGCAGGCGAUCUAGAGCAUCUGAAGUAACUGUAAAAACGCCAUGCCCAGCAGUAGAUGAUGUCAAAGCACAAGAAAUAGCAGACAAGAUUUACAACUUGUUUAACGGCUAUACAAGUGGGAAAGAACAGCAAACGGCCUAUAACACUUUGAUGGACUUGGGCUCGCCCACAUUGCACCGGGUGCUGUACCACUAUAACCAGCGCUAUGAGAGCUUUGGUGAAUUCACGUGGCGCUGUGAAGAUGAGCUAGGACCCAGAAAAGCUGGACUGAUCCUUUCUCAGUUAGAUGACCUCAGCAGCUGGUGCAGAGGUUUACUUCAGGAACCAAAGAUCGGUCUUCGCAGAGUCUCUCUGAAAUACUUGGCCUGCCGCUACACUGACACCAAAUCAGCAGGAUUGAACUGGGCAGACUUGAGUCGUGACAUCAGGAAGGCCUGUGAAGAACAAACUCUGUCAGUUCUGUAUAAUGAUUAUGGGGAGUCAAAAGAGUUGUGAAGAAUUUUCAGAUAUUUUUGAGUGUUUAGGAAUACACAGGAGUGCUUAACAUUGAUAUAGAAAUUAUACAUGUUUUAAUUAUAUUUUCCUAUAAACAUAGAAUAUCUGCACUAAGAUCUCAAGUUUCCAAUCAGUUUCUUUCGGAUAUAAAGUUGCAAGUACUAACACAAAGAGAUUUGGAAAGUAGUUUGGAAUAUUACAAUUUUAAACAAUCAAGGCCUUAAUUAAGUAUAGCAAACAAAUAAACUUGCUGAAUAUUUAAAGACUGAUUUAGAAAGAGAUAAUAAAGUAGUAUAGGAUCUGCCGGCAUGGUGGCACAGUGGUUGGCACUGCUGCUUCACAGUUCCAAAGAGGCAAGUCAUUUCUACCUGGUCAGUUUGUGAAGUUUGUCUACUUGGGUUUUAUCCAGGUACUCCAGUUUAUUCCCACGUCAUAAACACAUGCAGGUUAGAUUGAUUAGUGAUUCUUAAAUUGCCCAUUUUGUAUGUAUGUGUGUAUAUGUCUGGGCAAUCUUAUGGACUGCUGAAGGACAAAGGUGUGGCUAUGUAUCAUCAUCGUUCAAAGUAAAAUUGAGUUUAGAAAAUGGCUUGAUUAAAUGAUUAAGGAUGAGAAUGUCAACAUUUAAGUGCAAUAAAGAUGACAUGGAUAUUCAUUUAGGGUUUGGAAUUAGGCUCAUAUUUCAGCUGUAUUGAGCAACACAUUUAAACAUUUACUCUGACGUUCCCAUCUAUGAUAGUGCAUCUUAGAGAAGUCUUCAUGGGUGAAUGCUUUGAAAUAACAUUAUUAAAAAUAGUUUCAGUGGCAAAAACCUUAAAACAUCUUUGUGCUCAUUGAAGAUUUGUGAAGUCAUAUAUAUAUAUAAAUAUAAAAUCUGUAUGGGAAUAUUGGUGAAAACAAUCCCAAAAUGUAAAUAUAAGUGAAAUUGAAACUGUUUUAAUUUCUGAAAAAAUAAUUUCUGAAUGUAGCAAAUAAGGUUAUAUAGUAGUCAGCUGUGUACAGAUGCUAUUUUGUAUGACUUGUUGCAAAUAGCAGUAUUAAUCAAUCUGAAAGUAACUUUUUUAGUCUUUUAAACACAUUUUCUUUUAAAAUGACAUCAUUAUGCUUAUCAUAUGCACUUAUACUAACCAAACAGUAACAAACAAAUCUUGACUGUCACAUUAAAAUAUAUUAAUAGUAAACUUUAACAUAUUACAUGCUUAGGCAUUAUUGUAGGUAUGUGCUUAACCUGCUGUGGGGUACCCACAUGGAGUGAACUAACAACCAGCCAUGUCAUGGAAGAAAGACCAAUAAAGCUUGCUGUACUACAGUCACUUUAUUUGAGCACGUUGUGCUGAGGGCAUUGUACCAUUAAAUGUAUUACCUCUCUUAUGCUGACCUCCACUUAAAAACACCACACUUGGUGAGGUAUCAGCCAAUCUGGCUAUAGCAGAGGUUCCCAACCGAUAGGGCCGGAUUAAGACGAAAUUGGGCCUGAUGCUGCAGCGCAAAAAAGGCCUAUUUUUUCUCGGCAUUGGUGCAUG